GUUCAAGUCAGAUGCAGUGUUUUUUUUUGAUUCGAAAUUAUUAUUCGAAGAAAAUAAAUAAAUUCCAAUCUGUAACCGGAAUAUAUAUAAUAAAUUCAAAAAAUGAUACAACAUCUGUUGGUGCCUAGGACAUUAUUUUUAACAAAUAUUCGUCGUGCUAGUCAAGCUUUGGCUUAUGAUAAUUUUGGUGAUCCAGUAGCUGUAUUGAAAAAAGUAUCAAUUCAAAAUGAACGUGUUAUUAAAAAUGGUCAUGUUAUGGUUAAAUAUCUGGCAUCACCAAUUAAUCCUGCCGAUAUAAAUACAAUACAAGGUGUUUAUCCAGUAAAACCAUCAAGUUUUCCAGCUAUUGCUGGUAAUGAAGGUGUUGCUGAAGUUAUUCGCAUUGGUUCCGGUGUUAAAAAUGUUCAAAUUGGUGAUAAAAUUAUACCGGCUGCAAAAGCAAGUGGUACAUGGACUACACAUGCUAUUUUAUCCGAAAAAGAUGUUACCGUUAUUGAUAAAAAUGUAGAUAAUUUAUUUGCAGCACAAUUAACCGUAAAUCCAUCUACAGCAUAUCGAAUGUUAAAAGAUUUUCAUAAAUUUGAACCAGGAGAAUCAUUGAUUCAAAAUGGUGGUAACAGUGCUGUCGGUUUGUUUGUUAUUCAAUUGGCCAAAUUAUGGGGAAUCAAAACAAUCAAUGUUGUACGUGAACGUCCUAAUUUAGAUGAAUUACGUGAUCAUCUUAAAUCAUUGGGAGCUGAUUAUGUUGUAACUGAAGAAGAAUUACGUAAACGUGAAAUAAUGGAACAAAUAUUGGCCGAAAUACCGAAACCAAAAUUAGCGCUGAAUUGUGUCGGUGGUCAAAAUGCAACCGAUUGUAUGCGAUAUUUAUCCGAUAAUGGUACAAUGGUUACAUAUGGUGGUAUGUCACGAAAACCAGUAGUCAUACCGACUGGUUUACUUAUAUUUAAAAAUCAAAAAUAUAUUGGCUAUUGGAUGACCAGAUGGAGUCAGGAAAAUUUCAAUUCCUCGCAACGUAUAAAAAUGAUUGAAGAAUUAUGUCAAUUACGUAUUGAAGAUAAAUUAAAAUUACCGAAAAUUGAACUGAUUCGUUUGGAUGAUUGGAAAGAAGCAAUGGAAAAUAUAUCAAAAGGUUUUACUAAUGCCAAAUAUGUAUUUAAAUUUGAUUGAUUUGAAAACAAAAAAUGUCUUCAUAUCAAUCCAAUGUUAUAGAUUUUUUUAUUUUCU